CCCCCCCCCCCCCUUUGAUCUCAGCAGUGAGUUCAGGCUCUACAGUGAAUCUCAAUUACUGACACACACCAUAAAGAGAAAAGAGUGUGUGUGCGUGUGUGUGUGUGCGUGUGUGUGUGCGUGUGUGUGCGUGCGUGUGUGUGUGUGCGCGUGAGUGUGUGUGCGCGUGUGUGUGUGCGUGCGUGUGAGAAACAGAGAUAAUGAGACGAUGGGGGAACUGGACGUAUAUUUUCAUUCAGUCAUGUUGCCACAACUACUGAACAGUGUAGUGAUAAUUAUAUGAACUGAAACCACAGACGCGUCUCGAGCUUCAUUUAACACAGAGGUUAAGCUAGAAGUGGGAAUUAAAUCAGUGUAUUAUUAAUUGUUUUAUACAGAUGAGCGGAGCUCCUCGGUUAAAAGCUACAAACUCAGUCAGGAACAAAGACGAUUGAGCAAAAGUCCGUUCAGUGUUGAAGAAUCGUCUCUACAAGAAACUACAUCAACUGUUUCCUCUUGUUUAUAAAACAGACGCUGUGCUGCAGAGUUUUAAAGUAUUACAGAGCCAUUGCAUCAUAAUGACCUCAUUGCUGUUAUACUAACUAAUACUAAUUGUCGAUCACUGCUUUAAGAAUCCAUGUGUUUAGUUCAAAUGUCUCUGCUGAAACUGGACAACACGAUGUUUGUUCCUGCAUCUCUCGUCAACGCGUUCUCACUCCUCAAGUCAUCAAACACAGCAGCCCGUUCAGUGAUCCUACACCUCACUGUAUGACGCUCUACCUACUCUUUAACUUUAAGUAGUUAAGUAGGCUAUGUUACAUUUGUUUUACGUAACUCUACAUAACCUAUGUAAUGUAAUCAAGCAGGCUAAGUGUAGCCUCACUACAACGCGUAUGUAACGUCACUCAUAGGUAAAGGUUGACUUCUGGUUUCACAGCAGUAAUGAACAGAGCUUUUCUGUCUCUUUAUCGCUCUUCAUCCGAUGUAACCUGACUGCAUAGUGUGGCGAGAACGUGUUGACGAGAGACGCAGGAACAAACAUCUUCUUAUCAAGUUGCACCUGAGACAUUUGUAGGAACAUUUGUUGGAGUGAGAACGAGCUGCUCUUGUUGGACGUUUCAUCAUUUUCUUCUACUUCUAGCUCAAAUUGCCACUUUACUUCUAAUCAACUACUUUCUGUGUUUGCUCUGUCUGUCAAUCAUUCCCCAACAUCUACAACAUUACCAGCAUGGUCUGGUUUAUGUUUCAACCGUCAUGAAAUAUUGUCUGCUUUCAUGUGUGUACUCAGGACUCAGGACAGCAGUCCGGACACUAAGGAUCAUCCUGGAGAAACAAGAAAUAAAGUGAACGCUGCCAAUCCUCUUCUAACUUUGCCAUUGGUCGUUGUCUGGUUGGUGUUUUUUCAGAGGAACAGCUGAAGGAAGAGGAGGAGGAAGAAGAGGCGCUGACAGGAAAAGAUGAAGAGGAGCAGCGCAUUGCUGACAUGGGCCGUCCCAUGCUGGGAGACCACGUCAAACUGGAGGUCAUCAUAGAGGAAUCCUAUGAGUUCAAGAACACAGUGGAUAAGCUGAUAAAGAAGACCAACCUGGCUCUGCUGGUAGGAACCAACAGCUGGAGAGACCAGUUCAUAGAAGCCAUCACUGUGAGCGCAGGCGAGGAUGACGACGACGACGAGUGCGGUGAGGAGAAGCUGCCGUCGUGUUUCGACUACGUCAUGCACUUCCUCACCGUCUUCUGGAAGGUUCUGUUCGCCUUCGUCCCGCCCACUGACUACUGGAACGGCUGGGCCUGCUUCGUGGUCUCCAUCUGCAUGAUCGGACUGCUCACCGCCGUCAUCGGCGACCUGGCCUCUCACUUCGGCUGCACAGUGGGCCUGAAGGACUCGGUCACAGCGGUGGUGUUUGUUGCGUUGGGAACCUCUGUGCCAGGUGAGAGAGUGUUUCUGUGACGGUGUGUUCUCUCUCCUAUUGAUCCAACAACAAUCAUCUUAAACAUUCUGCUGCUGGACUUUCUGCCACAUUUCUCUCUUUGGUGUUUAGCUUCAGAAAACCUUCAUGAGCAUAAAAACCCUGAGGUCUUUGUGCUCAUCGGUGACACCUACUCAGAGAGUAAACCUUGACAUUUUCUAUUCCUUUGCUUCUGUUUUCAUGACUGGGCCCUUCAUUCCUUCCAUUGCUGUUCUUCAGCGUAGAUACUGCAGAAUGAAAGAAGCUGCUGUGUUCCUGCAGCGAUGGAUGGUUUUCUUUCAAGCCUCAUUCCAGUUAAAGCUCAUUUAAACUGCAAUCACGUAGAACAAAUCAACGGCAGAAAUGCAGCAGAGGUGUCACCUUCUCCUUAAAAAGGAGAAAUAUGUGUAGGAAGAUGAUUGAGCACAUGAACAAUGUAAAUCUCACGUAGAGACAUUUACAUAUCUGGGGGUGAUGUGUUGCACCGCAGAGGAGAGCUCAACAUGUUUAUGGUUAUUCACAUUUACAUUUAUGUAACAGUUGGCCUCGGUCUUUAACGAGCACAAGAAGGAGGAGCUUCUACAUUUACAAAGGAACAAGAGAGGAAGAGAGCAUUUCAAUUAACGAUAAAAUGAAUCAAAGUUACUACAAGGAACGUUAAACUGGUUAUAAAACAUCUCAGUUUAAUACUCGAUAUGACCUUCAUUAUUACACAAAUAUAUUUCUAUAUUACGAGGUUUUACUGUCAUUAUACAACAGGGUUGCACAAUAAAAUGCAGAUUGCAGUUUUAUUACGUAAGACAACACAAACACACAAAACUAGACCUAAUAUAGUUCUUAUAAUCUCUACAACAUCAGAUGAAACGGCACGCAGGUUCACCAGAAAGUCCUUCAGCUCAGACUCCACAGACCCAGGACGUACUGCUGGACCCGCUG